AUGUCCUAUUCCGAGGCGCUAAAGCAAGCACUCGCAAAAGGCACGAAUCAAACCGCAUCAGGUUCAAAACGGCAAAGAUCCGAUGGGAGUACCCCGGAUCAACCCACAAAACAGAUGAAAGGCAACUCAGGCCAUUCAUCCAAUUAUCCGACUUUUAGGGAUGCUCUGUCAACCAUCCGCAUUGCGGUUCUGGAUGCUGCAUUCCCUGAGGUCGUGCUCACAAGUUCUCAGCUAGAUAGUGUUAAGAAGGCCAUCAAUGAGGCCAUCUUUUCCACUGAGCACUCCACUCCGCCAAACUUCAAUGGCUGUCUUUACAGAGCGGGGUAUUUAGUCCUGCUCUGCUUAGACCAAGCUUCUGCUAAUUGGCUACUACAAACUGCACCCACUCUAAGACCUUGGGUAGGUGCCACACUUAAGGCGGUAGAUGAGAAGGAGGUACCGAGGGGUAAACUCAUCGAAGGCCUCUUUCCCGACGCUGCGAAGAUCUCGACUGAGGGACUUCUUAAGCUCAUCACUUCUCAAAACCCCACAUGUCGUGUUCCCCUGUGGAGAAUUCUCGAGAGGAGGAACAUUGGUCAUGCCGCGAAACUGGUAGUGUCAGUUGAUCAUACUACCUACCGAGCCUUACAGGCCAAAGGUCUGAAAGUGAGUUUCGGCAUUGAGCAGGUGGCAUUUAGGCCGAGAUCGUCCUACAGAAAACCACCGUCACGCAAACGUGAUACUGGUCAACCUGGCCCAGGCAAUGCCACGGGACAACCUGCCAGUAAACACGGAAAGAAGACUGAAUCCAAAAAAAGGAAUGUGGAGACCUCUGAGAAUCCGCAAAGGAACAAGGCACAAUCCACAUCUGCCAAAAAAGGGCCCAAUCUGGGGCCUGAGGAGCGGCAGAAACCCACACCCGUGCCUACUUCCAAUCCUAAAGAUUCAACUUCAACCCCAGCUGGCCCUUCCGGAAAGACUCUUCUCUUCCCGUUUCUGGUUCUCGGGGCGCCAACUUGGUCCUCCCAGGCCCAAAUCUGGACCCUACACACCAUUACCAGGCUCCCCUGGGCUUGGGCCCAACGGGCUCGAGCUCCAAUUAUGGAGAUGAAGGACAGCACCACCAUUAGGACCCUAAGGGUCCUACAGUCGAACCUACAUCACGCGAGAGCUGCUGCGGACUCUGUGUUAUGUAAGUUAAUCUAUUGCAGUAACAAACAGAGGCCCAGGACGGCAAUUUUGCUGACCACGGACCUCAACCACUUUGUUCUAACACAGUUCCUCACACCCGAUUUAGCUGCUGUACAACUGAGUCUCCCUCAGUCAGAGGGUGGACUUGAUGUCGUCGUUGCUUCGGCAUAUUUUGAUGGGACAAUCGACGAAAUUCCACCGCCUGAAGUAGCCGGGCUUGUAGCCUACUGCGAGAAAGAGAAAAAGCAGCUUAUAAUCGGAUGCGACGCAAAUGCCCAUCACAAAAUCUGGGGAAGUAGUAAUAUCAACACUAGGGGUGAGUCUCUACUUGAAUUUAUAUCUACUAACAACCUUCAAAUUAUUAACACUGGUUCCAAACCCACCUUUGUAACAAAGAUCAGACAGGAGGUGUUGGACAUCACGCUGUCCACAAGGUUUAUCAGUGAACAUAUUACGAAUUGGCAUGUGUCAGAUUAUUAUUCGGGAUCUGAUCACCUUCAAAUAAGAUUUGACAUUUUAGCGACACUUCAUUCUGUAUCCAGGGAAAAUAGGGUUCCUAAACUCACUGACUGGAAUUCAUAUGAACAUAUGGUUCAGUCGGGAAUACCUGGGUUGCACAAACCGGUCUGUUCAGUUGAAGGACUGGAAAAGGGGGCGAAUGACCUUACCUCCCUUUUGAUAUCUGCCUAUCAUGAUAGCUGCCCCGUAAAAACCAGGAAGACUAACCGGGAUAUGCCCUGGUGGAAUAGGGAACUUCAGCUAUUGAGAUCCAAAGUCCGUAAACUAUGGAACAGAUCGAAAAAAACAAAUGACUGGGCCGAAUACAAAACGACCCUUACACGAUAUAAUAAAGAAUUGGAGAAAUCCAAACGGAGAUCCUGGAGAAACUUCACUGAAGACAUCUGCAGCACCACAGAGGCUGCGCGACUUCAGAAGGUCCUAGCGAAGGAGCCAACAAUUGGACCGAGCUCACUAGAGAAUGGUCCUGGAAACUUCACGAGAGACCAAAAAGAAACGAACCGCCUUCUCCUUCAAACGCAUUUCCCGGGUGCGAUUUUGUGUGCUCCAGAAUCUGUUAACAGACCAAAAUGGAAGCACAUACCAAAACAGUGUAAAGACAGAGAUAGGCUGUCUAAAACAAUCUUUACGAUUGAAACCGUAGAAUGGGCCAUUAACCACAGCAAACCCUACAAAUCUCCAGGGCCGGAUGGCCUUUUUCCGGCCCUUCUUCAAAAGGCGAUUCCUUAUUCAUCUGCCUUUAUUGUCCGACUUUUCAGGCUGUGCUUCACUUUGGGACAUGUUCCCUCUGUGUGGAGUCAUGCUAGAGUAGUCUUCAUACCUAAGGGAGGUGGCAAAGACCCCUCAUCACCCAAAUCUUACAGACCAAUUAGCUUGACUUCAUUCCUACUGAAAUGUAUGGAAAAGGUGAUUGAUCUACACUUACGACAGGGAAUACUCAUAGAAUUCCCCUUACACAAAACACAACACGGCUACCUAAGUGGCCGUUCCACUAAUACCGCUUUGAGUGAACUGAUUUAUGCUGUUGAGGGCUCUCUGGAGGCGAAAGAAGUUGCGCUAUGUGCCUUUAUUGACAUCUCUGGGGCAUUUGACAGCACCAAAUUUGACAUGGUACUCGAAGCUUCACGUAAUAAGAACAUCAACCAGUUCAUUAUAGACUGGAUGAUGGCAAUGCUCAAAUCCCGUACGGUAGAAACCGGAGAAGGCCAAGACCGAGUGGCAGCUCGGGUGACUCAGGGAUGUCCACAAGGUGGGGUGUUAUCACCACUAAUGUGGUCCCUGGUCAUCGAUGGACUUCUUACAGAAUUAUCUGAAAACGGGAUCAGAGCUACAGGAUAUGCUGACGACUUAGUCAUUAUUAUAAGGGGUAAGCAUGAUAAGAUAAUUUCAUCUUGCAUGCAACACGCCCUAAAUAUCAUCUCGAAAUGGUGUCAAAAUGCGGGACUGAAAAUCAAUCCCUCCAAAACUACCUUAGUACCUUUUACAAGAAGGCGUAAGGUAAAUCUCGAUAAUAUCCUUCUAGAAGGAACUAUUAUUGAGAUCAAGCAAGAAGUUAAAUAUCUAGGGCUCAUGCUUGACAGCAAAUUGACCUGGAACGCACACAUUACGUACAUUACCAAUAAAGCCAUAAAAGCCCUUUGGACAUGUCGUAAAAUGGUUGGUCAAAAAUGGGGUCUGAAACCCCAUAUCAUCGUUUGGAUUUAUGAAUCCAUUGUUAGACCAAUCAUAGCAUAUGGCUGCCUAGUUUGGUGGAAGAAAACCCAACAAACUAAGGCCACAAACCAACUCCAGAAGGUACAAAGGCUCGCUUGCCUUGCUGUAACAGGGGCCAUGAGAUCUUGUCCAACUGCGGCAAUGGAAGCCAUCCUAGAUAUAGUACCUCUACAAAUAUUUUUGCAGAAAACUGCAACCCAACAAGGGCUAGCGAUCACUAUGAUCAAGGACCUUAAACCAGGUAACCUUACAGGCCACCUGGAAAUACUGAAACACCUACAGAACACCCCAGUUGAAGUGGGACUGCAUGAUCUCAGAAUCAAAAGACCGCUGAUCGGGAACAAAUUCAAGGUAGCAAUACUCAACAGACAAGAUGCACUCCAACACAUCGAUGAAUCGAAAGAUCAUUGGUAUACGGACGCGUCUAAAAUGGAAUGUGGAUGUGGUAUAGGCAUUGUUGGCCCUGACACAUAUAUUUCACUCCCCCUGGGUGCUGACAUCUCAGUCUUUGAGGCAGAGAUAAUGGCCCUGGUAUUCUGUGCUGCAGAAUGUGGGAGGAAGUAUACAGAUUCCACCACUAUUAAAAUAUUCUCAGACAGCCAAGCGGCUCUGAGAGCUCUAAUUGCCCCCAUAUGCUCAUCAAAACUAGUUCUUGAAUGUAGGCAAGAACUGAACGAACUGGCUGAACGACAUCAAGUAAUUCUUACUUGGGUCCCUGGCCAUUCGAAUGUGGGGGGCAACAACACAGCAGAUUCUUUGGCUAAAUCUAGUGCCAAGACACCCUUCAUUGGUCCAAUGCCUACUUGCGGUUAUUCUGGGAGCCGUAUCAAGCACCUUCUCAAUGAGAAGGCGACCAAUGAGCACAAAGUACACUGGGCUAAGCAGCCUGGUCUUCGGCGUGCUAAGUUAAUCCUGGAGCCAGACGGCAAAUGGAGAAAAGAAAUUCAAAAUCUCAACAAAAUACAGCUAAGAUUGCUAAAAUUCCUAGCCGGGAGUUCAAAUCAAGAAUUGGUUGAUGUGAGUGUUCCCGGUAAUGUAGCAGCUGCAAUUUCCAGGAAGAGACGCCGUGUCGCAGUCACAAAUGGAGACAGAAUGGACCAAGUAAUCGAGGUGAUGGUUGAUCAGCAAAGCAAAGAAAAUGAGAGGCAGAAAAUGGAUGAAAAGAGAUUGAAGAUGGAGGAAGAAAGGCUCGAAAUUGAUCGUCAAAAUUCCCAAAUUAUGAAGGUUGUUGCAGAUGCAGCUAAUAAGAUCACAGGAGCUCUCGAGAAAAUAUUUUCUAAGCAAUAA